GUGCAAUUCUGCCAUCUUACCUGAGCCGCCUGACACGCCCCCAUUAUUGACACUGACUUUCAAAAUCUGAUUGGGGAUCCUGCGCAAAGGCCAGGCCUCCAUCUAUUCUUUUCAUGCGCUGCUUUUUUUUUCUCCUCCCCUUUCCUUUUCUCUCUCUAGCUUUGCCUUUUCCUCGGCCCCUUUUGUAUCAUUUCCUCCUCCUUCCUCCUUCUCUACUGCAAAUCAAUCUAGUACUAGUACUACAAUGGUCGUAGGGUCAUGUGGUUGAUGUGCAUGGGGAUGAGGAGCCGCUGCUUUGAUUUGAGGUGCCCAGCCCAAACAUGAUUCUGUGAUUAUUUUUCUGCGCCAUUCUCUCUUGCAGCAGCCGGCCCUCUCACCAGUCUCAUGCAUCAUCAGGCUGUUGAAUCUCUGUAGAAGAAGGGUUGGUUCUUGGCAUUGGGCUCGAGGACUGGAUGCAAACAGGCAGUUGGUGCUUCUUGCCAGCUGCAGGGAGGUGGUACUACUAAAAGGCAUUGGCCAAUGGGUAGCCCCAAAGGUGAUGCUUCAUAAGCCAACUAGGCUCGGAUGCCACUGUGGCAGCAGGACCGCUGCUUGCAUGCGCCAGGUGAAGCUUGCAGAGGAGACGGUUCUUCGGGUUCUUCAGCAGAUAAAGAAGAGCAGAUAAAGAAGGAAAGAGUAAGGAGGGAGUGGAAAAGAAGGGGAGGAAGAAUGAAAAAGAUGAACACAUGGGGACCAAAGGAUGACGGGUGUGAGGCAGCACCACCAUAGCCACCAUUGGACUGAACGCAUAACGUGAUACGUCUUCAGGGGCGUCACAUGCGCAUGGCGAGCAGAUAACUCAGAUAAGGACCUGAUGAACUCAGCCGUAUUUGGUGCCUGCAUUUCCCCUGCCUAGGCGGUGGAGCGCAAUUGAAGAACCAAACCAAGAUCACGGAAGAGCUGUACGAGCGAGUGGUCGGUCAGCUAGCUCGAUCGCCAUGAGCAGCUUCGCGGGUCAGCAGUCAAGGCCGUGGAUGGGGGACGCCGCCGCCGCCACCCCGUCGGGCGACGCGCGGGACGACGGCGCCUCCUCCAUGAAGGACCUCGGCUCCUCCACCAACGCCAGCGCCAUCUCCUUCGGCUUCGCCGCCACCGCCAUCCUCAUCGCCAUGUUCCUCCUCAUGGCCAUAUUCGAGCACCUCAUCAAGCCCGGCUGGGCGGCCUCCCGGGGCUCCCGCGGCGGCAGCGACAACGGCGACGGCGACGUCCACGGGCGCCACGCCCAGCCGCCGCACCCCGGCCGGCACCCGCGCGACCACGGCUCGCCGGAGAAGCUCGCGCCUCCGCCCAAGAUGGAGGCGGUGGUGGCGGCGGCGGACCUGACGGUGGUGAUGCCGGGGCAGCGGUACCCGACGUUUCUCGCGCAGCCGGCGCCUCUCCUGCUUCCUUGCACGAGAGAAGGCGUGCGUUGGCCGCCUCACGAUGACCAUCGCCGUCCCUUUCUGCCGCCAUGACUGUCUUCGGGCGGAUACGUGCGUGUCUGUCAUGUUUGCCUGUAAUCUGUAUAGAGCUAGAGCGAGUGUAUGGUGAGAAACGCCGGAGUUGCUGGUAUGUGCGCGAAGGAAAAUGCUGGACCGAUGGUAGUAGAUGAGCAGCAUUCAAUUCAUGUCCAGUUAGUCUCGCCUCUUGGUCGAAUGCCUUUCUUCAUGUUAUGAUCUUCCAUCUGAAUGAGUGGAUCGAGUGGCAUUCUUCUAA